AAGGGAAUGAGGGAGUAUUUAUCUCAAACCCUCCUUUUCACUUCUCUUCGUUGACUCCGAGUAUCCGGAUAAUCCUUUAGUUUUGAGGUACGACCAGUUUAAUGGCGACGCAUGGUCACGCUGGAAGCGGCAGGUCGAACGUCCGGCAAGAGAAGCUUGACAAAGAGUGUGAGCUCAGGAUAGAAGUCAGCGCCGACACACCUCUCCGGCUUCGUGUCCUUAAGGGCACUGCUGAAAUCUUCGGCACCGAACUGCCGCCUGAAAUUUGGAUCACCUUCCCGCCUCGCCUUAAAUUCGCCGUAUUUACUUGGUAUGGGGCCACAAUUGAGAUGGAUGGGCCAACUGAAAACGAGUAUACAGCUGAUGAGACUCCUAUGAUCAGUUAUGUAAAUGUACAUGCUGUACUUGAUGCUCGGCGGGAACGUGCAAAAGCUUCACCAAGUGACUCUGGUACUUACCAGGGGCCUAGGGUUAUCGUUGUGGGGCCCUCGGAUUCUGGUAAGAGUACCUUAGCACGGAUGCUUCUUAGUUGGGCUGCUAAACUGGGGUGGAAACCGACCUUUGUGGAUUUGGACGUAGGCCAAGGUUCUAUAACUGUACCAGGUUGUAUUGCUGCUACUCCAAUUGAAUUGCCCAUUGAUCCAGUAGAUGGAAUUCCUCUUGAAAUGCCACUAGUCUACUUCUAUGGCCAUGUUAGCCCGAGUGUGAAUGUUGAUCUUUACAAGGUAAUCGUAAAGGAACUAGCUAAAACUUUGGAAAAGCAAUUUGCUGGAAAUGCGGAAUCACAAUCUGCUGGAAUGGUUAUCAAUACCAUGGGUUGGAUAGAAGGGGUUGGUUACGAGUUGCUACUUCAUGCAAUUGAUACCUUCAAUGCCACUGUUGUUCUUGUCUUGGGUCAGGAGAAACUGUGGAGUAUGCUCAAUAACGUUUUGAAAAACAAGCCUAAUGUUGAUGUAGUGAAACUUCAAAGAUCUGGCGGUGUUGUGUCUAGGAAUGCUAAAGUACGUGUAAAGACCAGAGCCAAUAGAAUGAGGGAAUACUUUUAUGGUCAAUCAAAUGAUCUUUCUCCACACUCCAAUGUAAUAAGUUUCGGUGACCUGUCAGUAUUCCGAAUCGGAGGCGGCCCACAGGCCCCGCGUUCAGCUCUACCGAUUGGUGCAGAGCCAGUUGCAGAUCCAGCAAGAUUAGUUCCUGUCAGCAUCAACAGAGACUUGUUGCAUUUAGUUCUUGCUGUCUCAUAUGCCAAAGAACCUGAUCAGAUUAUUUCCAGCAAUGUUGCUGGGUUCAUCUAUAUCACUGAGAUUGACAUGAAAAGGAAGCAAUUAACAUAUCUUGCACCAUGUGCCGGAGAACUUCCUAGCAAAAAUCUUAUAGUGGGGACGUUGGCUUGGAUGGAGAAUUGAGAUACCGCAUAGCAUGAUCAUCCUGGCAAUUUCAAGAAAACUCUCUGGCUCAUUGUCUAUUGCAACAAAUGUAGUGUUGAGAAUUUCUAUAUAUGAUCACGAUCUUGGUAUAAAGUGAUGAUAGCUACAUUUAAAAUGUGGUCUGCAAAUUGCUGGAAUUGUAUUUUCUAAAGUUCACAUGCAUUAGAUGUUGUUCUGGGACGGGUCCUGUAAUCUUGUUCGGUUGGAUCUUCUAUUCCUGCAGGGCCCCUAGACAAGUGUCUGGGCCCCCCAAAUUUCAGGCUCUCAAAAUUUUAAAA